CGAACGUGGUGUGAAAGGGACACGCGGCGGCGUGACGGCCUCUCUCCUCUCUCAUCCAUUCACGAUUACACCAUUCCUACGCUGCGACUGCUCGCAGGUUCAGCUCCAACAUUAGGGUUGAAUUCGAUUCCUCACACUUGAUCGAGAAGCUGACGAGUGUGCUUGCUCUCCCAACGAACGCCGCAUUCAGUCCCACUCGCGCACGACCCUGGCCUGCUACAGUACUGGACUAGACAGCAUGCCAGGAGAGCCAAAGUCGAGCGAGGCUCAAGAGGCCAAUCUCGCCUCGCUCAGCCUCUCGGACGCUGGCAGUGCCGAACAGUCCAGCGCGUCGACAUCAGCUCGUGUCAUCAAUGCUCCUUCCGGAUCAGUCGAUGCAACGCAUAGCAGCGGGAAUCAAGCAGCUUCCAGCAGCAGCACUGCGGUCAAAAAACAGGCGAGGUUAGCAGAUCUGCCACCAAUCCCACCUUCGGCGCCAAAAGAGCCGGAGAGCGAUGAUGAGCUGGAGCAUGAAGAAGUCGAGGAGACUGUCGAUGCAGCGGGAGAAGAGGAUGCGGAUGCGGACGGUGAGGAGGGAGUAGAAAACUUACUGGCGGACUACGCUGAUGAUGAGAAUUACAUCGACUUGACACACCUGAAGCUCUCCAACAAAUCCUUGAAGCGCCUCAACCUACCUCGAUUCUCAAAAUCUCUGCAUAGAUUAGGCUUGCGACAAAACGAGAUAAGCAAGAUCACUCUGCGCGAUAUUGGGUCCUUGUCCGAAUUGAAGGACUUGGAUCUGUACGACAAUGGCUUGGAAAAGACGUACGGUGAUGUCUUGCAGCAGGGGUGCUCGCAGCUAGAAACGCUCGAUUACUCCUUCAACUCCAUCAGGCACAUCUCACACCUGCAGGAGUUGGGGCACUUGAGGACGCUAUAUUUUGUACAGAACAAAAUAUCUCGCGUGAGACCAGGCGACCUGGAAGGCUCGAUCGCCACAAAUUUGCGGAGCUUGGAACUGGGUGGCAAUCGCUUGAGGGCGAUCGAGAACAUCGGUCAGCUGACGCAGCUAGAAGAGCUGUGGCUGGGCAAGAACAAGAUUACGAAGCUAGAGAAUCUCGACUCUCUAGUGAACCUGCGAAUAUUGAGCAUUCAGUCCAAUCGAAUCACCAAGCUAGAGAAUUUGGCGAAUCUCGUGAAUCUGGAAGAGCUCUACAUUAGUCACAAUGGACUGAGCAAGAUAGAGGGGCUGGAGCAGUGCAGAAAGCUCACCACGCUUGACAUAGGUGCCAAUCGCAUUGCUCGGAUCGAGAACGUGGACCAUUUGAAGGACUUGGAAGAGUUCUGGGCUAACGACAAUCAGAUUCCAGACUUGAAUGCUCUUGAAGCGCAAUUGGGAACUGAAAAGUGUCCCAAUUUGAACACGGUGUACCUGGAGGGCAACCCCGCUCAGAGAUCCGAAGGACCAGCGUACAGGCGCAAAAUCAUCCUCGCCCUUCCGCAGCUCACACAGAUCGAUGCGACCGCUGUAAGACCGUUGCGAAUCAGCUAGCUGAUGUCAAGCGCUUCCAAGCGCGACUAGUCGAAAGUCUCGGAAUCAUUCGUGAUCGUGGUCUCCACAUUCUUAAUGAUCAUGCGUGGUUCGUACCUGCCCCAUCAGGACUAACAAGUCAAAAUCUGCUGCACUCAUGGAAAGCAGCUCGAUCGUCCUUUGCACCACCGAGUCAUCGCCACACCAGCAGCAGGGAUCCUUUUUUCGCCCGCGGCCGCGGUCAGUCAGAGGCAGCCACAUCAGCAGCAUGCGCGUUGAUACAUAUAUAUAGCUUGCAAGGUCAGUCAUGACCCUGAGGCACCCCGAGCAAAAGGCGCAACUCCGCGGUCAGGCAGUCAAAGCAGUCUUGCGCGAUCACGAAUCUUGGACGGUGCUGAAUGAUGACAGUCUAACAUGGAUCGUA